AUGGAGAACAUGCAGAGCACGAAUGUUGCUGGUGGGAGAGACAGUCAGGGCGCCCUGUCGCCGGAAACGGUCGACAACAACGUCUACCCGCAGCGUAGACAGUCAUCGUGGGAUGGUGCUCACACAGCACGAAAGAGGGUGCGUCUGGCUUGUGAAGCCUGUCGACUACGCAAGAGCCGCUGUGAUGGCUCCAAACCACCUUGCAGUGGAUGUCGAGAUCGUCGGACGGAGUGUUUCUACGUGCCAUGGAGAGCUCGCGCAAGUGUUGCCAAAGAAUAUAUUGAACAACUCGAGGGCAGAAAUCGCGACCUGGAAAGAAAUUUACAGUCAUUCCUUGGUGGCCAGAAUCCCUCACAAGAUGUGAGCCAGAGUAAGGUCGACGCGACGGGCGAACCUCUCUCUGCAGCAUCAGUCAAUCAACCGGUCUUUCCCGAUCGUGGCCCUCCCAUUUCGCAAAGAGGUCGCGAAGAAAACCAUCCUGUCCAGAACUCGAUUCCGUCUCAGCCUGUGGGAAGUAGUGAUCCUGGCACUGCAGCAGCAGCGGGUGUGUUGGAAGUAGCUUCCUCGCGUGCUGUUGUUGAAGCUGCCAAUACUGCUGGAACCGAUUCCACGUUGCCGAGUCAACUUGCUCAUGACACACUCGAAGAGAACCCGCCCAGUGGGUGGGUCGAAAACGACGACAGCGGAAACGUGAGCGAUGAAGUCAAGGAUGAACGAGAUAUAGGCGAGUCCGGGUCGACCACACAUCCAGGAUAUUUCGGCGAGUCAUCUAUGGUCGCCUUCAUGUCGACAGUCCGAUCCAAUGAGUCGGGAAACCGUGCGUCGCCGUCGGUUCGGUCGUACAGACCAUCAGAUGGCAGUCCGCCCGUCUCCUCGGUACAAAGACUGGCGAGGUAUGUCAGUGGACGAGAACUGGACGACUGUUUGGCACUUCCCCAGCGAUAUGUUGCUGAUCGUCUGGUUAAUGCAUACUUCACCUAUAUCGACACCAUCCUCCCCUUUAUCCACGAACCCAGCUUCAGGGCCAAGUACGAUCGCACUUGGCAGCCUUACGCGGAGAAUGCUGGAUCAGAAGAUGUGCGAGACCUAUCGUGGCUUGCUUUGCUCAACUUGGUAUUUGCUUUCGGCAGCGAAUAUGCUGACAGCAGCCAGCGUGGCCCUGGCUGCCUGUCCAGCUCGCGAUUCUUCAAACGCUCAACAACGAUACUCUUCUCCCAAGUCUUCCAUUCCGCUAAUCUGGAAACCAUUCAGACCCUUCUUCUGACAAGCCACUAUCUACAAGGGACAAACAACCUCAAUAAAUGCUGGAGUGUAGUAGGCCUUUGUAUCCGCCUGGCGCACGGUAUGGGUCUCCAUCUAGACCCAUCCCGGUGGCAUAUCAGCCAUGUCGAGCAAGAAUUUCGCCGGCGGCUGUGGUGGGGUUGCUAUGUGGUUGAUUGCAUGUUGAGUCUACGCUAUGGCCGACCGCCAUCAGAUUUGGACAAAACAUCGGACGUGCGGCUUCCAGAGCUCAUCGACGGAGAGUACCUGCGAGAUAACGCAGCGGAAUCUCGCCAGCCCGAAGGGCGGCCAGCCCGCUGCCACAGUCUACUGGUCGACAUCAGCCUUUCGCGCAAUAUUGCAGCCAUCGUACGGGAGCUCUAUCUUGAAUGCUACCCAAGCAAUGGCACACAUAUUGUGAACAAUGGUGGCGAUGACUCGAGCAAACUUCGAUCUGAUGGAAGAUUUCUCUCGACCGUCGUUCGCUUGGACUGUGGCCUGGUAGACUGGCAUCAGAAUCUACCAGCUCAUCUACGGCCGGAUGCUAACAACGCCGACUGGAAGCUCCAAAGACAAGCCAACAUUCUAUACACCAAGUACGUCACGAUCCGAGUAAUGCUGCAUCGAAAAUCAUUCGUGGCCUUCCGACACAACCCACCCGAAGAGCACUUCCAGCAAGCUCUGAUCAUCUCGAGUGUCCGUCAAUGUAUGAAUAAUGCUCGUGAGCUGAUCAAUUUCCUUGACGGCUUGCAGAAAAGCAAAACGGUCAAUAUGUGGUGGACCGAUGCGCAGUACCUUUACAUGUCCGUCGCCGCCCUUGUCGGCUGCCGAGCCAUGGAAAGCGAGAGACGGAUUGCUAUCUGUGGCUCCGACAACCCUGACGCCGAGGAUAAAAGCAUCAAACUUGGCAUCAGUCUCCUCCGCGAGAUCGGUAGGAGGAGCUCCAUGAUCCACCGGUACGCUGAGAAUCUGCAACAGCUCUUCGAAGAUACAGUUGCACAAGAGGGUUAUCGGAUAAGCGUGUCACGAGGCUCCCAGGACGCGGAGGGCGCAUCUACAGCUGCGACCCGUGCUGCCGGUAAUGUUCUUUCCCGCCAACAACCGCCGAAUUCCCACAGAAAUCAAGGCGCCCAGGGCACACUCAAUGGGUCCCGUUCGUUUUAUAACGGUCACUCCAACGACGCAGUCGACGCUGGAAGUAGUGCGCCGCCUUCUGGAGCUCCUCAUCCCCUGCCUGAGAUGCCACUUCAGGGGGAUCUGUUCUUUAUGGAAGGUCUCGACGGGUUUGGUGACCAGCCAAUGGGAUCUCUUGGUGUUGAGUAUUCAGCCAUGGGCCAACCGUACCCAACGUCGGAUAUUUUUGCUGGUGGCGGCUUCAGCACCCUGGACAUGGAUUACGACACCUUUCGCAUGGGCUGA